UGUACAUGGGUAUUUCAGGAACAAUGCUGCUCCGUCAGAAUUUUUUGAUCAUUCUUUUGUUCUUUGGGUUGGUAUUAAGUGGGCUCAUUUUCCUGAAAAAUAACCAGAAAAGCUGCAAACAGCAGAUAAUAGAACAAGUCUUCAUCGAGCCAAAAUGGAAGCAAAAGACCUCUGGAUUGCGCUCAUCGCCAGGCUUGUUGUACAACCAGCCGAGUGUGUUGGUAGGAAGUCGGACGGAUGUUGCUUCUGUAUCAUCAUGGUUAGCUCCAAUCAUUUGGGAGGGAACCUUUGACCCCAUACUGAUCGACUCUAUCUACAAACAACACAAUCUCACCAUAGCAACCACAGUCUUCGCUUUGGGAAAAUACACACGUUUUGUUAAAGAUUUUCUGGAGUCAGCAGAACAGCAUUACUUUGUUGGAUUUCGAGUGCAUUACUACUUAUUUACAGAUCAACCAGAAUCAAUUCCUGAGGUGAAGAUGGGUGAAAAACGUAAUUUGACCGUUCUAAAGGUUCAGAGUUUGAACAGAUGGCAGGACAUCAGUAUGAGCAGGAUGGAAAAACUGGAAAAACUAAUAGAGAAUGAACUGGCCAACGAGGCUGACUAUAUUUUCUGCCUUGACAUAGAUACAAAGUUCUAUGGCCGUUGGGGUGUGGAGUCUUUGGGUCGUCUGGUAGGUGUGAUUCAUCCUUGGUUCUUUGAUGCUCCAAGGGAUCGAUUCACAUAUGAGCGUAGACCAGAGUCUCAAGCAUACAUUCCAGCUGGGGAAGGUGAUUAUUAUUAUGCUGGUGCUGCAUUUGGUGGCUCAUUAGAAGAUGUACAUCAGCUCACCAAAACCUGCAGGGAGAAGCUGCUCAUUGAUGCUGCAAACUCCAUUGAGGCAGUAUGGCAAGAGGAGUCUCACUUGAACAAGUAUUUCCUUUUGAACAAACCUAGUAAACUGCUCUCUCCUGAAUAUAUGUGGAGGGACAUCAAUGAAAAAGCAGCCCAAAUAAAAGUAAUUCGCUUCUCUAAUGUAGCUAAAAACUAUGCUGAAGUUCGUCCAAACCCAUAGCAACCAGUAUUCAGCUACACUGGUGUGUUCUCACAGGCCUCCUGUAAGACACUGUGAAUCUGUAAACAUUUACACUGUAAAAUCUAAUAAUCUAGCAUCUAUCUAACAUGCAAACCGAUUGCAUUAAAAAAAUUCUAAGUAAAGUGAAA